AUAGCAAGUUAACUUUGCUAACUAAUUAAAUUCAUAUUUCAGAUUGAAGUGACAAUGCAGUUAAAUUUGAUCGCCAGCAUUCUUCUGGUGUGUAAUUUUGUUGAAGCUUUAGAUGUCAAAGUAGUAGAACUAUCUUACGAGCUUGGACCAGAAACAUUGUUCUACCCAGGAAGUCCACCAUUUGUUUUAACUAUCCUACAUCGCGGUAUCACUGGAGCAUACUGGUUUGAGCUAAACAAAUUCGAAGCAGGAGAGCACGUUGGAACCCAUUUGGAUGCACCCUCCCAUUUUUCCGAGGGUAAAUUGAGAAUGCAUGAAAUUCCAAUGGAAAAAUUAAUAGGACCCGGUGUCAUAAUUGACGUUAAGGAUAAAGUAGAAGGGAAUCCGGAUUUCAAAGUCAGUAUUGGCGACAUUAUAGCGUGGGAGAUGAAACAUAAGAAAAUUCCUGAAUGUGCAAUCGUUAUCAUGAAUUCUGGAUGGGGGAAAAAUUACCCAAACAAAGCGCUAACAUUUGGCACCCCGACCCCAGAGGACCCGUCGACCUUCCAUUAUCCAGGCUGGCAUACAGAAACUGUGGAUUGGUUGAUAAAAACAAGACAUGUCUGUGUUGUCGGCACUGACACUCCUUCGAAUGAUCCCGGAGAUUCAACUUCCUUUCCGGUUCACCAGACACUUGGUGCAGCAAACGUUCCGGGGCUGGAAAAUGUUGCCAAUUUGGAUUCAGUUCCGGAGAGUGGUUCGACUAUAUAUGUGGCGCCUAUAAAGUUGAAAGACGGGAGCGGAGCACAAGCAAGAGUGUUCGCUACAUUUUCGAAUGUCGGUAAACACGAAUAUUAUCAAGAACUUUAAUUAAUAUUAUCUGUAUUUCAAUAUAAUAAUGCUAUAAUUGCGUUUUCAAAAUAAAUACUAUUUGUACAAAAUAUCUUAAAAUCUGAU